UAGCGUAUUGAUUGUCGGCCAAAGAAUGGUGUUUUCUAUUUUUCUGUAUAAGUGUAAACUGGUUAUUGUUCAGCCCUUUGGAAAUUUUAAAUUUGAAUACCAUUAUUUUUAUGUUUGAAUUCUAUUACAAUUUUAUAAUGAAAUAGUGUGUAUAUUUUAUGCACAAAAAGACAAUUCUAUCAUACAACAGUUAAUCACUGAAAAUGAAGAUGGCUGAAUCUGUAAAGAAAUUAUUAAAAAGAAACAAACCAGGAACUAAAGCUAAUUUCUUCCGUAAAUGGCCUGAUGAGCCGUUUGAAGAGAUGGAAAGUACAUUAGCUGUUCAAGAGUUUAUUCAGCAACAAAUACGUAUAGAUCCGAGUAAUAUUGAUAUAAUAUUGACACCGCCAGAUUCUCAAGAAGAAGGAGUUUGGAAAUAUGAACAUUUAAGGCAGUUUUGUAUGGAAUUAAAUGGGUUAGCAGUCGAAUUACAAACUGAAUGUUUACCAGAUACAUGUAGCCAAAUGACAUCAACUGAACAGUGGAUAUUUUUAUGUGCUGCACAUAAAACUCCUAAGGAAUGUCCGGCUAUUGAUUAUACACGCCAUACUUUAGAUGGAGCUGCUUGUUUAUUAAACAGUAACAAAUAUUUUCCUAGCAGAGUUAAUAUUAAGGAAUCAUCGGUGGCAAAAUUGGGAUCUGUUUGUCGGCGAGUGUAUAGGAUAUUUUCCCAUGCAUACUACCAUCAUCAAAACAUUUAUAAUAAAUUUGAGAAUGAAACAUACUUAUGCCAGAGGUUUACAAAAUUUGUGAUUAAAUACAGCUUAAUGGCUAAAGAAAACUUGAUUGUGCCUAUGCCUGAUGCAAUUAUGCAAGGUAUAAGAACUGAAGAGGAUGGAACAACAUCAAUUAAAGAGCCAUAAUUUUACUCUCCUUAGUACCGCGGUAAUCAUUCUUUUCAAAUGUUUUGCGAGGCACUGGUCUGCUAACAUGAUCGGAUACCUUAUCAGCUCCUUGGUAUCUAAAAUUAAAAUAUUUUAAUUAAUUAAUUUUAGACAUACAGUAAAAUUAAUCAUUUAACUAGGAAACAUUACAAAAUAUAUUUUUUUUUUAACUUCUAAUUUUUUUUUAUUAGAUCAGUUAAACAAUUAACCAAUAAUUAUGAAUUAUAUUAGAUUAUUGUAAGCUUACCCAGGUAAAUUAGGAUGAAGAUGGUUUUUGGAUAAAAGAAUAUGGAUUGAAGGUAAUCUUCUUGUUGUAAUUGAUUGAGAGACUUUACCAUCAAUCAUUUCAUCCUUAAUCAUCCUUACACUGUAAGUAAAAAAAAAAUAUUACUAUUUAUAAAUUGUCUCUCAAAGCAAAUUACAUUUUAACUUUAAAACAAUAAUAUGUAUUUAUAAAUAAACUAUUAAAGUGUAAUUGUUUAGUACACUAAUAAAUAUAAUUUUUUCUCAUUUUAAUGUUUUGUAGUAUUAUAGUAUUUAUUUUGUAAUGGUGCCAUACCACAAUUUACAGUGAAAAUUCAAUUUAUAAUUAUAUUUAUAUAACAAUCACAUUACUAUAAUUUUUAAUUUGUAUACAUAGGAAAUAAUACUUAUAACUUAUUAAGUUACAACAAUAAACAUAAUUAUUUAUCUUGUACCGUUUA